AUGGGUCCGUCAGUCCAGCAGAGUGUAUGUUAUGACUACAGCGCCUCCGACAUGAAUCACUACGUCUGUGUUGGACGUACAACGCUUUCGGCGCUACCGCCCAAACCAUCACUACCGGUCAUCGAGUACGCCGCCAUGCCAACGAAGGAUGGUACGGCCAUGACAACGAAAGACGGAGCCGUCGUGGAAGGCCAAGACAUACCUUCUGUGACGACGAGCAUCGCUCCAACCAAAGGCAAAUCUGUUUGUUCGUUGAAGAUGGUUGUCGAUGAGGAGAGCCGGCCAACCAAGAAACUCAAACCAGCCACGACCCCGACCAUACGUGUACGGACGGAUGACUCAUUUCCCCAGAGUUUUCUCGACAUUUACGACCAAGCGCACAAAACAAUGGCGUGGACGCGAUACCUCCGGGCCGGAUCCAUAUGCGACGGUCCCAACACACCGCACGUAACGCGUUUCAAUGAUGCUAUCCGUAAGUUUUGGCGUCUGUACGGGAUAAAACUGUGGGAGGGAACGUAUAUGCCGUAUCCAACGAACCAAUUGGACAACUUGAUCCGCCGGGUCAUGUAG